AUGGCCGGCCGGCGAUCCGCCAUCAGCUUGGCGGACGCGGAUUUUCUCGUCGCUCGAGUCCUCCGUCGCGCCCGCCGCCAUUCUCGGCAGCAGGGCACGCUGGGCGCCAUGCUGUCGCCUCCAAAUCAGCCCGUGCGGCGCCUCAACGUGCACGAGUACCAGGCAGCCGCGCGCCGCCUGGAUCUCAAUGGCGCGGCGCUGAUGGGCAAGUUCGGAGUGAACGUGCCCAAGGGCAUCGUGGCGGUCCACGCCAGAAGAGGCGCUGCGGCCGCCAAGCAGCUCGCCAGUCCGGCGGGGCAGAUCCUGGUCACCAAGCAGACCGGCGCCGCCGGCAAGCCCGUGAACAAGGUGCUGAUAGCGGAGAUGCUCAAGGUGGCCAACGAGAUGUACUUCGCCAUUCUGCUUGACCGCGUCUCCGCCGGCCCCGUAAGCCCUCGCACCCGCGCACCGCUCCCCGUCGCACCCGCGCACCCGUUCCCCCCUCGCGCCCGGCCCUCCUCGCACCCGCCUCCCCUUCGCUGCGUGCUGAGCCAUUGUGGUGACCGGGCCGUGCAUCCCUUUUCUGCACCGUCGCCCCUCGCUGCGCCGGGGCUUGCGCGUUCAGUGGAGCGGUGGCUCACAGGCACGGCCAUGAUGCUCGU